CAAUCCCAUUGGACCUCAUUUUUUCUCAAUCUGUCCCAUUUUUUACCAAGAUCAAAAUUGAACUCAGUUUUGUUCACCUGCAAAUCUUUCAGCAUUUAGCCAAACAAAACUUGAACACCAAUGGCAACUACCAUGACUACAAUGGCCAUGAUCAAUACCAAAUGCCUCAACACCAAUACAAAGGGUACUUUUAACCCCUCCAAGAAACCAGUCUCUCUACUCUCCAUACAAAACCUCCCAAAAGGGCUCACAGCCACCACCUCAAAGCCAUUAGAAGUCUCAGGCCUGGCCGGAACUGCCCUUGCUGGAGUCAUAUUCUCCACACUCAGCUCCUCCGAUGCUGCCCUUGCCGCCCAACAAAUUGCUGAAAUAGCCGAAGGUGAUAACCGGGGACUUGCCCUUCUACUACCUAUCAUUCCUGCUAUAGCUUGGGUUCUUUUCAACAUUCUUCAACCUGCUGUUAACCAGAUUAACAAAAUGAGGAGUGUCAAAGGGGUGAUCAUGGGGCUUGGGUUAGGUGGACUCAUGGGCUCGAGUUUCAUGCACCCGCCAGAGGCAUCGGCCAGCGAAAUCGUCAUGAUUGCUGAUGCUGCCACAAGUGACAACAGAGGCCAGCUCUUGCUGUUUGUGGUCACUCCUGCCAUUCUUUGGGUGCUUUACAACAUUUUGCAACCAGCUUUGAACCAGAUAAAUAGGAUGAGAUCAGAUUGAGAAAGGUUGUCAAUCUUUAUAUUGGUUACAUACAUAUAUAUAAAUUCUGUUUCUGGUUUUAGUAGGAUUUAUCCUGGACAACUGUGAGUAUAUCAAAAGGUUAUAUUGAGCUUUAUGUAUAUUGUUUGUUCUUAAUAUUCUUUA